GUCCUCACCAGAAGAGGCCUUAGAUUUGCAGAGAUGCUCGGCGUUAAGGAGCAGCUACUAUCGCAUACAGUACCGGUCUAUGGUAGAACGAUGCAUGAUCUCAACGUGCAGGAUGAGGCUGAGAAGGCCGGCGUUUGCAUUCACUUCGACAGAACGCUCAGUCUAGAAGAUACCUCAUUGGAGGAUCGACGCCUAUGCUUCCACGACUCGGCUGGAGGAAAGCACUUUGUCGAUCUGUCGCUGAAUACAGCAGUCGUUGGUUGUGAUGGAGCUGGCAGUCGAUUACGACACGCCUUGUCGAAUGCUGGAGUGCUCACCUUCACUGAGGAGAUGAUAGGCCACGGCUAUAAGGAGAUCACCUUCCCGGCCUUAUCGACUAGUGAUGGCUCAUGGGGGCUAGGAACGGCCCCACUGGUGAAGAUAACGAUGCCCAGUCGUGAGUGA